AAUGUUGUGAGGUGUGUGUGUGUGUGUGUGAGUUUCUGCUGUUUGUGACUGUUAACCUCUGCAGAGCCUCAUCUCAUUCAUCUUAAAAUGUUUAAACUUUGAGGAGGAGGAGCAGUGGGACAAGGGAGGCUGAAAGGACUGGUUAUACUGGGGCAGAGAAUGACGUCUAUACAGGACGAAUCUUCACCGAAUCGCCCGGAGAAGAAAACUGCGGCCUUGUUUGCACUUCUGGAAACCAGCUGAACGGAGAAUGUUAAAUAUGUAGGAAGAAGACUUGAUGUUUGACACCAAACCUACAGGAAGUACCUCUCUGCGUUUGCAAAACAUGGGAAACAUCACGUUCAAACAAACAGCACUGAGUAACAACCUGUUGUGUCACCGCCACCCGUCACAAAGAGGACUAGUCAUCCGUCACUCACGUCUGCCAGACAGCCGACCUGCUGCUCAGUAGUCCACGAUGUCUCAAAGGAAGAUGCUGCAAUUCUCAACAGGAGCUCUGCUUCUUCUUCUCCUACCCUGGUUUGGUGGUCUGGUCCUCGGAGAGAUCAGCGACGACUUCUCCCAGUGCCUCGAUUUCUUCUACAAUAAAUCUCCACCAAAGGGUUUCAAUGCAGCAGGAUACCAGCCAAUAUGCCAACGCUACGAAAACCAGUUCCACUUCGCCAGCCUGUAUCACCGUCAGCACCAUGGACCACAGUACUCUGCGUACAUACUCAGCCCAGCAGAUGGCAAACGGCCCAAUUCUACCUGGAUGUAUGAACCACAGUUGGCGUUUUCCCGUGCCAGCUCAGAGAUGGAACCCUUCCACAUCCCCGUGGACCAGAAUGUGAUUGAGAGCCAGGCGGUGGUUGAGGACUACAGGAACUCCAACUUCACCAAGGGCCAUCUCAAUCCCAGCCUGCACCAGAAGACAAAAGAAGACCGUGAGGCCACCUUCACCCUGACGAACAUCGUCCCUCAGAAAGCGGGCUCCAACUCGGGCCCGUGGAGCAAACUGGAGAACGGGGUGUUGAAAAAAUUCAAGGCCUUCUGCAACGGGACGAUGCAUGUGAUCACCGGAGUGAUGCCUUAUGAGUCUGAACCCCGCUGGAUCAACAACAGGGUGUCUGUUCCUGAGUACAUGUGGUCUGCCUACUGCUGUCCUUCCUACAGGUCUGACCUUCCUGAGCAUGUGAAGCCCUUUUUCCCCACGCAUGCUGCAGUGGGAAGGAACGACCGCAACAGUAGCGAGGAGAUUGUGCCGGUUAAUGUGAAGGCGAGGGCCUCGGUGAGGGGCUAUGAUGUGAGGCGCAUGUCUUUAGAGACUCUGGAGGGAAUCCUGACACAAAGGCUGGGCAUGCCCAUCACUCUGUUUGAUGGGCAGUGUCAGUAGCAAAGCCUAAAAGCUUUAGUGUCUUGUUGAAAUCAAAUGUUAAAGGAACAGUGUGUAAAAUAUUGGUGGCUCUAUUAGGAAUAUAAUAGAAUAUAAUAUUCAUAACUAUGUUUUCAUUAGUGUAAUCACCUGAAACUAAGAUCAUGUUUUCAUUAGCUUAGAAUGAGCCCCUCAUAUCUAAAUUGGGAGCGGGUCCUCUUCACGGAGUCCGCCAUGUUGCUCCGCCAUGUUUCUACAGUAGCCCAGAACGGACAAACCGAACACUGGCUCUAGAGAGAGACUUUCAUGUUUUUAUGUUACCUGAAGGUCACCGUAGUUCUCCGGCUUGUGAAACUGCGGUAACGUGAGCCGCAGAGCGCAAAAGCGUGAUACCGCCAGCCGGCGUCUGACUUUCGUUGCUCCUAAUGUUGUGUUGUCAUGGUAAGGAAGGCGUCUGAGCGAGGCGAACAGCGUUACCAUAGUUUUGCACUUGGCGGCUCACGUUACCCCUGUCUCUGAAAGGGAGGAGUGAGCGGAGGGGUACUCUGCUGGUUGCACUCUGCAACCGCACCACUAGAUGCCGCCAAAUCCUACACACUGUACCUUUAAGUGGGUGUGCACUGCAGUCGUCACCACGUACAGCCCAUCGCUUCAUCUUUUAUUACUACAUGAAUGUUUGAUUAACCAGGACUUGAUUAUUAUCUCAUGAUGGUUUGAAAUUAAUUUUUCAAAUGGUUAGGGUUUUGUAAAAUGAAUAUUUUUCCCUUUUGUCAAUGUCAUUCUGUAACAUCUUCAACAACGAACACCAUGAUUUUACUAAUAAAACAAGAUGGAAAUAGA